GCAGAAAGUGCAGCCUCUGGGAGACUACCUGGACAGCCACUGUCGGCCAGGUACAAGCGUGUUUGCACAUCUCUUUGAGUGGAAAUGGAAAGACAUAGAGAGGGAGUGUGCUUUUCUGGCACCCUUGGUGGGAGAGAUAUCAGGUGGUGAGCUACAAGCUGGUCAGUCGAUCCGGCACGCGUAUGGCGUGGACAUGUCAUAGACACGGACUAAGGAUCUAUCCUAAUGUUCAGCUCAAAUUUAUGGCCAUGGCCGCUUCAAAAGGAGUGGGAACAGGAGGCACCCGUUUCAACGCUGACUGGAACACCCCUUUCCCCGGAGUGCCCUACUCAAACGAUGACUUUAUGAGGAUGUCAGAAGCAUACUGUGACGCGCCCUGGGGAACCAACGCAACUCAGAUGAGGAACUGUGGGGGUCGCAUGAAUCUGAACCAGUCCCGGCCGGAUGUGCAAGAUAAACUAGCUGGCUUCCUCAACCAUCUCGUUGACCUCGGAGCCGAUGGUUUCAGGGUGGACUCUGCAUCUGGACAGUGGCCCCUAUUGCUGAAGGCUAUUCUUGACAAGGUGAAGGACAUCACAUCUGGAGGACGACCCUUUGUCAUUCUAGAAGUUCCAAAUACAAUUCAACACGCUGUCAAGCCAAGCGAGUAUUUCAUGAUUGGCCACGUCACCGAGUUUGAGUUCGCAGAGCGUUUGGGAGAGGCCAUCAUGGGUGACUUCCGUACCUUGGGUUCUGUGGUCAAUCUGAGCCUUCCCAUGGUGCCUUCUGACCACGCCCUCAUCUUUGUGGACAACCACGACAUUCAGCGGGGCCGCCAGAGAAAAGGGGCGACAAUCUUGACUCACAGGGAUCCUCACACUUACAAGCUGGGCCAGGCCUUUACUCUGGAUGGCCUGCGAUCUCCGCCAUGGUGAGAUUCCGAAAUCACGUGUGUACAAGUGAAGUCAAGAACUGGCAGGUCACCGAGGACACAGUCGCCUUCAGCAGAGGAGAUCGCGGCUUCCUGGCCAUGGGGCGUCACAAGUUCAGUCGCGUCUUUCAAACAGGACUUCCGGCGGGCGUGUACUGUGACAUCAUAAGUGACUGCAAGGUCAACGUCACUGUGAAUGCUCAGGGACUUGCGUCUGUGACGCCUUACGCUCGGACUGUGGGGGAAGGACAACAAGACAAUAUUGUAGCGAUAUUGAAUGAGAAGCUGCCUGCCUGGAGCGAUUUCUUCUUACAUAGAUUAUUCUCGAUCUGAUGCACUCUUGAA